AAAGAAUUAUGCUUAAUGGGACGGAGGAGGAAGUAAUAAUCUCAACUAUAUAAACUCUCCGACUCGAUGUACAAUGAACAUUUCCCUCAUUAACAUAGCACAAAGUCUCACCGCUAAGUGAAUCACAGAAAUCAUGGCCGCUGCUGUCGCCGGACUUGAAUCAUCAGUCGUAGCAAAAAGUGUGGAAGAAUUAUCCGCCUCCGCGGGCAGUCCGCCGGAGAAGUAUAUUUUGAAAGACGGCAUAGGCGGCACCAACUUUCCGUUGAUGGAUGUGGCGGUGAUUGACGUUGCUCUUCUCACUUCCUCGUCUCCUGAGGGGGAAAGGGAAGUGGAGAAACUCGGCCUAGCCUUGAGCGACUGUGGUUAUAUUCAGGCGGUGAAUCAUGGCAUAGAAGAGUCGUUUUUGGACGAGGUUCAUGCUAUGAUCAAACAAUUCUUCUCUCUUCCAAAGGAAGAGAAAAUGAAAUGCGCGAGGCAGAAAGAUGACUUAGAUGGCUACGGAAACGACAGCGUUUACUCUGACAAACAGAUCCUCGAUUGGAACGACAGGUUGUACCUUAUGGUUAAGCCGGAGUACCAGAGGAAACUCAAAGUAUGGCCACAAAAUCCGGCAAAUUUCAGAGAAGUGUUGGUGGAUCUGACGAGCAAGCUGGAAAAAAUUGAUGAGGUGAUGUUGAAGGCGAUGGCGAGGUACCUGAAAUUGGAGGACGAAGAGUGCUUUGCGAAGCAGUACGGGGAGAAUCCAACGGCGCUCUCGAGAUUCAACUACUAUCCGCCGUGCCGGCGCCCCGACGCGGUGCUGGCGGCGAAAGCUCACGCCGACGGCUCCGCCAUGACGUAUCUGUUGCAAGACAGAAUUGUGGAAGGCCUUCAAACCCUCAAAGACGGCCAGUGGUACAAAGUCCCCAUCGUUCCUAACGCUAUUGUCGUUAACGUCGGCGAUCAAAUGGAGAUAAUGAGCAAUGGCAUAUUCAAGAGCCCAACACACAGAGUUGUGACAAAUCCAGAAAAGGAGAGGAUGACUUUAGGUAUUUUCUUUGGCCCUGACGCAACGACUGAAAUUGGAGUUGUAGAAGAAUUAGUUGAUGAGAAAAGGCCAAGGUUGUACAAAAGUGUGGUGGACUAUCCUCGCAACACUUUUCCGUUUAUUCAGCUUGGGAAAAAGCCUAUUGACCUUGUUAGGCUCUGAACACCAAAUUCUUGGUUGUUUCAGCUUGGGAGUAUAUUUUAUGAUAAACUCAAUUCUAAUGUAAUUAAUAUACUCCAUGUACCCCCCUCAACAAAAAAUAAUAAUCCAUCUAUUGGAUUAGGUACGAAAUAUGAAACUUGGAAUCGAGUUUA